AUGGGCAUCCCCUACUCCAAACAAAUCAACUUGGCAUUUGACAAUGUCACCCCGCUUGUGGCGGCCGGCUUCGAAGUCCUGCAAAGAACCAAGAACAUCACCUACCUACUUGCCGCUAUCCAAGUACUUACCGCCAUUUUCCUUGGCCUCAUUCUAAUCACGCUCCUUGCGCUAAUCAUUACUGUGAGCCCUGAUCUUGAAAACGAACGGAGAAUCCUGGUUACGCCCGUGAUCAAAUGGCUCGCAGAUUGGAUCGUGCAGUAUAGAAGAUCCGUGCAGGUGGGCUUAUGGGUUGUUAUUAUCGGGGCAGUUCUAGGCGCAGCUGGAGGCUGGUAUUUUACAGAGAGAAGGUCGGUUGAACUUGAGGUGGAGGACGCGGAAGGGGAGACGAAGACAGACGACGAUGCUGCUUCUUAA